CCGGUGUUGGGGCAGUCGGGGGAGGUAAUUCCCUACCGAAGUUCGGAAAGGUGCGAAGGUUUCCCGGACCGAAGUAAAGAGUACGGAAUAGCAUAGUUACUUGAUCGCGCUAGAUUUUUUAUGUUCGUGUAGUCUUCCAGUAGUACUCUUCUUAGUAGGCUUCUUUCAGUUAAGACCAGUCAGUCAGGACACGCGCAAACAUCUUUCACACCAUAGCAGUUCACGUUCAAAACGAAGAAACAAAAAUAUAAAAAACAAAAAUGAAACAGUUACACCUCAGUAAAAAGCUCCAACGUAGCAGCGAGCAGGAAGGAGAAAGUGCGUCACACGAGCGGGGUGCGUAGGGUGUUGGUGCGGGAGGAGCGGAACUACGCAUUUCCAAUCACACUGGUGACGCACGGCAUCCGGGAUGGCCGCAGCAGGAGUACGAACACACAGAGAGGUUUUCCGUCUGAGUUUCCACACCGAAAAGUACGAAGACGCCAAAUACGGGCACCAUCGUCACAGAAGAAAAGGACAAAAAUCGCAAAGAAGAGUACAGCUGAUGCCCACUCAAAAUUUCUAGGUCCCGUCGCGUAAAAAAUAGAGCGCAAGAAAAAAAAAUAAAGAAAGAAGUACUACACGGAAGCGCAGCACCCAAAACACAAAGCAGGUCGUGGCAGACGCAGCCCGCGUAAGACUUCUACUAGAGGAGCGGCACCUGCGUCUGUCCGGAGGAGGUGCCACUUCUGUUCUUUCGUAGUUUCGUUAUGAGUGCUUCGUGUCCUGAGAGGAAAUCCGGAUAUCAAAACUCAAAAACACACUCUUGCUGGUUGCAAAACCAAGUGCAACCUACGCCGAUGGCCCCGGCCGGGCGCAGGUAGAACUUCUUGUACUCGUUCACCACAACAGCGGGGGGAUCGACGAACCCUCGCUGCGGGCUUCAGCCUACAGGUAACUCUGUUGCGGUUGCCCCUCAUUACUACGUCCUCGCGCAGUGGCUCACAUCCUCUCGUCGAACAGGUGUGGCGUCUGGGCACUCCGGGUACGGGCCUUAGGUCACCAACCGGUUGUCGCUCCAGCGCCACAAACCCGAAACUCUCCAGUAUACGUGUCCAGAUACAAACAGGUCCAGAGAGCCACUGAGCAUGCAGCAGCUGGGUUGGGUGGGGCGAUCGCAGUACAGACUCGGUAUCGGGCCUCGAGCGGAAAAAGGAAGACAAUGGGUGGCACUGAAGUCCUAGGUUUUGCACACCCGGAAGGACUAUUUGCCCACCUUUACCGAUCUAUUUCCAGCUCGGCUUGUCGAUACCAGAACUAUGUCCUAUAGUUAAGCUUAAGAAAGUAAAAGACUAGUAGAUAGAAGCUUACUAUAGAGGUUUCCUCCUCCUCCUCCUUCUUGAUAGUAGGUACAAGCUGUUACGAAUAGGAAUAGGCAGAUGAGGAAGAAGAAGAGUUGUAUCUUGCAAAGAACAACCGCAAGAAGAAGAACGCCAGGAAUCUAAGUACUUCACACGUAUAAUUGAAGAGAACCAGUCUACUUGCGUUGAGCAGUAGCAGUCUCUGUUGAGGAUGGAUUGUCAAAAGAUUGUCAAAAGUAGAAAAAGUACAAAAAACAGUCGUUUUGAAUAUUAGCAAGUACAAAAGUUGAUGCGACGUAUAAGAAUGUGAAUACGACAAAGCUCGGGCAGCGAGUUAACGUCGCGUCGUGAAGAAAACCUGAUUUUAUUUUCGUAUAUAUUGCAGCAGAAAAAAUAGGAAUAGCAAACAAGUAUCUACGUACAGACGCGCCGGAAGACUAGUCUGAUCAAUGCCAUAUCGGAACAGAGAUCAUGUUGAAGAAAAUGAGAAGAAGCAAUGAAAAAGCAUGACGCAAUCGUCGUGUGUAUUAAUUACGUAGAAGAGUUGUUGUGAAACUGUAAAAUUGUUGUAUAAAGCAUUCUACUACUUGCCUGGUGAUUGUGUCAUAG